GGCGAGAGCAAAAUGCACACAGUGGAGAGGAGACGCGGCACUCUUCAGCUUCCUGAACAAUCUUCAGUUGUAGCCGGAGGGGUGGCAUAGCUGGCUGUAGCAUGUGAUGUAAGCAUGUCGUCAAGCUCAGCGAGGGAUGGCGCGGGCGGGAGCUCGCGGAACACCCGCAGCGGCUUCGCCAGGAACCUCGCGAGGCUCCCGUCCAGCAUCAUGGAAGGGCUGGCAAGGUCGAUAGCCCGUCGGGCUCCCAGGAGCAGCCGCCCGCGGAGCGUCCAGGUGCACCAGCAGCAUCAGCCGCCACCCCCGGGGCCUCCUCCUCCGCCGUUCGUGCCGGAGGAGCUGUUCUUCUUCAGCGCGUUCGAGCAGCAGUACGGCGACCGCCACCCGUUCUUCUACGGGUGCCGGCUCAGCGAGGUCCUGGCGAUCGCCCGGCGGGAGGGCAAGCACGUCUUCUUGUACCUCCACGAGCCGGGCCAUCCGUACACUGAUCCCUUCUGCCGGGGCACGCUCUGCUCGGACGUGGUGGUGGAGUUCCUCGACGCCAACUUCGUGUCCUGGGGCGCCGUCACCGGCAGAGGGGAAGGGUCCGGCAUGGCCGCCUCACUGCAGCCCGGAAGCUUCCCCUUCUGCGCCGUCGUCGCCCCGGUGUCCGGCGAAAGCAUCACAGUCCUCCAACGGGUAGAAGGACCGGUCACGCCGUCGGAGCUCGUGGAGAUGUUGCAGAGGACCAUCGAUGAGCAACGCGCGGCUUUUCGAGCCUCAGUGGACGACGAUCAACCCGCGGCAUUCAGAGCCUCUAGGGCUGAGGAGGAAGAGAGGAGGAGAUCGGCACUACGGCUGCGACAAGAGCAGGACGCAGCUUACCUCGAGUCGCUUCGGAAGGACCAGGAAAAAGAAAGGCACACGAGAAGUCCUCAGGAGGGAACCCCAAAGCCGAAGCCAAGCCCAAAAAUUCGUGGCCAAGCAGGUAGAGAAACUACCAGGACAGCCCAGAACAGAGCACCUGCGCAUAAGCAAACUGCGCCUUCACCGAGAACGGAAGCAAACACCAAGAUAAUGAUAAGAUUUCCCAACGGCGAGAGAAGGCAGCAGAGCUUCCGUCACACGGACACGAUAAGGGAGAUCUACAAGUAUGUUCAUUCCUUGGGCAUACCUGGCUUAGGAAAGUAUCAACUUGUAAGGAGCUACCCAAGGAAAACCUACGGGCAUCAGCAGCUGGAGAUGACUCUUGGAGACACAGGUUUCCAUCCGAGUGUGACACUGUACAUUGAACAACUUCAGUAAAACAUGACGUAACUACGAGACUGAAUGUAAAUUUGAUGCAAAUCAUGUAAUAGAAACAUGCCCAUGCCGGCAUGCCAAGACAUGAACGCAUGCAGCUAGUAGGGUCACAACCAUGGAAACAAAUUUCAGUUGGCAAAAAAUUUCAGCCGGUGCCGAA